AUGCGCGUCCAGUCUGGCAUUGGAACAUCAAAGUCCAUGAACCGUAAACCUUACUACUUUAUCAUUUCAGACUCUGAGAGUGAUGACUCUUCUGAAUCGUGUCCUCCGGUAGAAAAAUCUCCAACACAAUCUGAACCACAAAGACACCCGAUGCCUACAGUACCAACUCCUCCACCACAAAAUCCACCAACGACUACUAACCCUUCGACACCCUCAAAAUCGGCUUUCUCUUCUGAACCUUCACACGCAACUCCUCCUCAUCAAAAACGGAGAUCGUUAAAUGACAUUGUUUCUCCUUCUCCAAACCAAAAAGAACCACUCUCUCAACCAAAACCUCCAUCUAAACCCAUGAAAACCAAAAACACAAUCACUAUUGCUCAGUUUCUUGCUCGAAAAAAUCUCCCAAAUCCUCAAAAAGAAAGAACGCUUGCCCCAAAACAAAACCUAAAAAACAGUCAAAAACCAAUUUCUCCAGAACAAGAACGUUCUCCAACUGCUCCUUCACAAGAACGUUCACCAUCACAAGAGAAUAUCUCCAUCACAAUUGACGAUUGGAGAGAUAAGGCGUUGAAGGAUGCGAAAGAUAUAAUGUGGACUGCUAUACAAACUGCUUUUGCUGUUGACGAGGUGAGAAAGGCUUACAUGUUGACAGUUGCUGGGAAAAUACACCGGGGUUUUAGAUCUCACCUCUCAAAUUGCUAUCUAAAAGAUCGUGAAAGAAAUAUGAAUGCUAAAGCUCCAAAAAAAUAUAAACAUUAUAUAUCAAAUGAAGAAUGGAGCGCAUUUGUAGCAAAACGUUCAGACCACGCAUUAAAUCCAAUAAACCACCCCGCACAGCAAACCAGCUGCCAGAAUAAACCAGUUGCCGCACCACAACUGGAUGUUCGUGGUAAAAAUAAAGUCGACAAACUUCAAAAAUUGGAGGAUAAUAAAGUUGGCAAACUUCAAAAGCUGGAGGUGGGUGCACGAGGAAGAGACGGCAAAAUCAUUCGAAUUACACGGGACACUGAUACUUCUACAUCGACUCCGAUGAAUCCCCCAGAGAGGAUUCGACCGACAGCUUCAAGGAGAAGAAGACGUAUGAUUAUUGAAGACGAUGAUGAGGGACAUAAUGAUCAGGGGGAGCCUUCUACAGUGCAUGAGGAAGAUGUGGUACAUGAUCAUAUGGUGCACGAGCAGGUGGAUGUACAUGAGCAGGAGGAGGCUGCACCUGCUCAUGAGGGAGAGCAUAUGGAGGAGGAACAUGAUGGAGCUGAGGGACCUGGUGAGCUCACACGGUAUCCUGGAGGACCUUAUGAUUUGUAUGUCCUUACACGAUACCGUUAUCAUGUUUCAGCUAGACUAUGGUUUGGCGAGGAGCGACCAUUGCUGAAAAUUGUUGCGCAUGGGAAGAAAAUGCAACAAUUUACUCCGCCGGUACUUCCGCGACCCAUAGAGAAUUGGGUGAAUUUGUCUGGUCUGAACCCAUUACAACGGGGUAGUUUGAAGAUGAUCGACAACAACUUGAUAUCUGCCUUUGUUGAAAGAUGGCAUUCUGAGACAUCGUCAUUUCACAUGCCAUUUGGUGAAAUGACGAUUACUUUGGAUGAUGUUGCCAAUCUUCUCGGAUUGCCUAUUAGGGGUGAGUUCUACAGUCCACCCGAUGUAGAUAGAGUAACAGCAUGUAAUCUUGCCGUCCAUCUAUUAGGAGUGACCACGGAAGAGAUCUGGGAGGAGACCAGAAAGACUAGAGGUGCACACUAUAGAUUGGAUUGGUUGAAGGAGGUGUUCAGAAGGCAGUGUGCAGCAGAGAGGUUUGACUGUGCUGCUAGGGCAUAUCUGUUGAAUUUAGUCGGGAGUACUAUUUUCGCUGAUAAGAGUCAUACUCUAGUUGAUGCGAAGUACCUCCCUUUAUUCAGAUAUUUAGAUGGUAUAGAUAGAUAUGCAUGGGGUACUGCUGCACUAGUGGUGCUUUAUGACUACCUCUCAGAUGCCUGCUAUUAUGACACCAAACAGCUAGGUGGAUACAUGACGUUGCUUCAGUGCUGGAUUUACGAAUAUUUUCCGAAUAUUUGUAAUAGAGGUGAUCAGGGUGCUGACGUGGAAUGUUUUGCCCGAAUGAAUAGAUGGUGCUAUAAGCAAGGCAAGCAUAAGGUCCACGAAUACAGAAGUAUUAUUGAUGCAUUGACACCUGCAGAUGUUAUAUGGAGACCAUGGGAGAAUCACAGGGGUGUCAUUCCUUUUGAUGAUAUCACACUUUAUACUGGUCACAUUCGAUUAUGCAGCACUGUAGCGAAAUAUCUACCAGAGAGGUGUUUGAGACAAUUCGGAUAUAUCCAGUAUAUUCCUUCACCGCCACUUCCAGAUCCUGCUAGAUUAUUUGAUGUAGAUGUGGAAUGGUUGGGAUAUGUGACGCCAGUGACAGAGCUAUUUCCCAAGCUUCGUCCAGCUACAUAUCCAUCUGAGUGUGAAGAUGGAUAUUUGGAGUGGUUCUAUCAGGUGUCUCAUCCACUGCUGGUGCGACCAGAUGGUGUACCUCAGGUCCCACGUUAUAGUGUACCGCCCACCAGUGCAGAUGCUUCUAGUUCACAGCCGCCACCUAUCCUACAGCAGAUCGGUGAUCUUAUACAGCAGGGGUUGAGUGAACAUCAAGCUAGUCCAGAUGAUGAGUUGUAUAGGCACUUUUAUAAAGCUUUGUAUUUAUCACGUAGUCGCACUAGUUAGUAGUAACACUUUUGUAACUGUUGUUAUGUAGGUUAUUUUAUGAACACUUUUGAUGAA